UCUAUCUCUAAGCCGCCAUGGGCGUGGCUUAAGCUCUCAUUACUCUCUCUCUCUCUCUCCACCUCGAACACAGAGCACAGCGACUGGGAGGCGUCUCUGAAACUUUUGCUUUGUGUUUCGUACUCGCAUUCCCAUAGCCCCUCUAGUAAGAGAAACAAAAGCAAAGCAUUUUCAGAGAGUGACUCUCUCUCUCUCUGUCUCUGCGCAUCACUUCACUCGUUCUCUCUCCUCCAUGAUCAAUCACCCCCUUUGCUUUUCUCUCUCUCUCUCUCUCUCCCUCUCUCAAGCAGCAGCCUUUUGACACUCUCUCAGCAGACAACUAAAGAUAGCCCAAAUCAUUGAAUCCCCAAAUCCCACUCUCCCCCUCCCCUUCCCCCUUCCCUUCUCUCUCUCUCUCUCUCUCUCUCUCUCUCUCUGUGUCACCAACCCCAGUUCGCUCCGCUUCAGCUCCUCCUAUAUGAGCCAUGGAUCCCUGUGACGGAUCCCGCCGCGCCCGCCACCGCGACCGAAGCGACCACCACCACCACCACCCCUCCUUCUCCUCCACCCUCCUCGACGCCAUCUACCGCUCCAUCGACGGCGACUCUCCCCCCGACCACCCCAUGGUCAUCUACGCCGACGCCGCCGCCGCCAGGGCCAAGCAAGGUGACCCCGCCGCCGGCUUCCGGCGGGACUUCCUGAUCGAGAAGUGGGUGGCGGCGGAGGAGGAGAAGAAGACGAAGAAGAUGGGAGGGAGCGACGAGAGGGAGGCGGCUUACCGCGGCUCGAGGGUCGGCGACUGGAACCGCUCCAUGGUCUUGACGAACUCCAGCUCCAGCUCCUCCGACUCCAGCUCCAGAUCGGGAGGAGGGUUCUCGUCGUCCGAGUCGGAGUCCAGAGCGCGGUACUCCGCCUCCUGCUACUCCGUGCGGAGGCCGAAGCCGAAGCCGGCCCCGAUUCGCACCAGCGUCUCGGACCGGGCGGCCUCCGCGUUCGACCGCGGCCACGUCGAGCCGAGGAAGAGCCACCACCACGCGCCGCAGUCUCAGAGGCCGAGCAGUAAUAAGCACGAAGGGCUCGGCUUCGUGAAGACGAAGUCCAAGGCGCUGAAGAUCUACGGCGACCUCAAGAAGGCCAACAACAAGCUCAAGCAGCCGAUCUCCCCGGGUGCUCGCCUCGCCAGCUUCCUCAACUCGAUCUUCACCGUGGGGAGCCCCAAGAAGGCGAAGAUCGUCGCGAGCUCGGUCGACGGAGACCAGUCGGCGUGCUCCUCCGCUUCCUCGGUCUCGCGGUCGUGCCUGAGCAACACGCCCUCGUCGCGAAGCAAGCCGACGAGCGUCGUCAGCGGCGGCGGCGGCCCAAAGCAGCGGUCGGUGAGGUUCUACCCGGUGAUCAGAGUCAUCGUCGACGAGCCUGGCAGACAAAGCAAGGACCUGAAGAUGGCGGCGGAGAUCUCGCCGGCGAAGGCGGAAUUCAACAAGAAGUCCGGAGUAGGCGACGACAAACGGAGGAUCGCGGAGGCGGCGAGGGAGAUGCUGAGGAGCUAUCAGAAGAAGAAGGAGAGCUACGACGCGAGAGUCGACGACAACGACGAGGACGAAGGCGGCGGCGGCGGCGAUGACGACGACGACGCGGCGAGCUGCGCGAGUUCGGAUUUGUUCGAAUUGGACAAUCUGGCGUCGAUCGGGUGUGAUCAGCUGAGGUAUAGAGAGGAAUUGCCGGUGUACGAAACCACUAAUCUUGACACUAAUCGAGCCAUUGCCAGUGGUUUAGUUCUGUAAUUCAUGCAAAAAAAAAAAACAGAGAAAAAAACCCAAAAAAAAAGACAAAAAAAUAUUAUAUAUAUAAACUAAUGGUGUGGGGGGGGUUUACGUCAAGGCAAUAAGAUUGUUCUCUUUGCGUCUUUUGAAUUUUAAUUUCUAGUGUGCUCUUCGGUAAUAUAUUUCGAAUUAUUAUCCGACGGAUCGAUGGUAUCGAACGAGACAUGUGUUUGCAGUCAGUGAAUUACCUCAAUUUUUCUCGUA